AUGCAGUGGGCCAAUAGAGAACACACUCACCCGGCGUCUGUCUGCAGCCUGCCCUGUAAGCCCGGGGAGAGGAAGAAAACAGUGAAAGGAGUUGCUUGCUGCUGGCACUGCGAGCGCUGUGAAGGUUACAACUACCAGGUGGAUGAGCUCUCCUGUGAACUCUGCCCUUUGGAUCAGAGACCAAACAUCAACCGCACAGGCUGUCAGCUCAUCCCCAUCAUCAAACUGGAGUGGCAUUCCCCCUGGGCUGUGGUGCCUGUGUUCGUUGCCAUUUUGGGAAUCAUCGCCACCACCUUUGUGAUCGUGACCUUUGUCCGCUAUAACGACACACCUAUUGUGAGGGCUUCGGGACGCGAACUCAGUUACGUGCUCCUAACGGGGAUUUUUCUCUGUUAUUCAAUCACCUUUUUAAUGAUUGCAGCACCAGAUACAAUCAUCUGCUCCUUCCGACGGAUCUUCCUAGGACUCGGCAUGUGUUUCAGCUAUGCAGCCCUUCUUACCAAAACAAACCGAAUCCACCGAAUAUUUGAGCAGGGGAAGAAAUCUGUCACAGCGCCCAAGUUUAUCAGUCCAGCAUCCCAGCUGGUGAUCACCUUCAGCCUGAUCUCCAUCCAGCUCCUGGGUGUGUGUGUCUGGUUUGUUGUGGACCCACCGCACAUCAUCAUUGACUAUGGAGAACAGCGGACUCUAGACCCGGAGAACGCCAGGGGAGUGCUCAAGUGUGACAUCUCUGAUCUCUCGCUCAUUUGUUCACUAGGGUACAGUAUCCUCUUGAUGGUAACUUGUACUGUUUAUGCCAUUAAAACAAGAGGAGUUCCAGAGACUUUCAAUGAAGCCAAACCUAUUGGAUUUACCAUGUAUACCACCUGCAUCAUUUGGUUAGCUUUCAUCCCCAUCUUUUUUGGUACAGCCCAGUCAGCAGAAAAGAUGUACAUCCAGACAACAACACUUACUGUCUCCAUGAGUUUAAGUGCUUCGGUGUCUCUGGGCAUGCUCUACAUGCCCAAGGUUUAUAUUAUAAUUUUUCAUCCAGAGCAGAAUGUUCAAAAACGCAAGAGGAGCUUCAAAGCUGUGGUGACAGCUGCCACCAUGCAAAGCAAACUGAUCCAAAAAGGAAAUGACAGACCAAAUGGCGAGGUGAAAAGCGAACUCUGUGAGAGUCUUGAAACCAACACUUCCUCUACCAAGACGACAUAUAUCGGCUACAGCAAUCAUUCAGUCUGAAACAGGGAAAUGAUACAAUAUGAAGAAAUGUGGUAUGCGAUCUUAAACGAUGAACGUGACACCACCGACACUCACUCCUGGAGAUCUCUGUAGACUACAAUCAAUCAAAUCAAUAGUCAAUCUUGUAAGGAACAAAAACUAGCCACAAGCCCAA